UUGUUGUGCUAAUGGCUGUACUUUUUCCAUUUUGUGUGUUCUUCAGGACGUAUGCGAUGCCUUGCUGCAUUGGCUCGUUGGGAAGAGCUUAACAACCUAUGCAAGGAAUAUUGGACCCCUGCUGAGCCAGCUGCUCGACUGGAAAUGGCACCACUGGCUGCUAGGGCUGCGUGGAACAUGGGAGAGUGGGAUCAGAUGGCAGAAUACGUUUCUCGACUGGAUGAUGGCGAUGAAACCAAACUGCGGGUUUUGGGAAACACUGCUGCUACUGGUGAUGGAAGUAGUAAUGGCACAUUUUUCAGGGCUGUCCUACUAGUUCACAAGAUGAAGUAUGAUGAAGCACGCGAAUUUGUUGAGAGAGCAAGGAAAUGUUUAGCUACCGAGCUUGCUGCGUUGGUUAGUUUCUUAUUCCUUCUCAUAUGAUUGCAUUCUAUCUUUCUAUAUUCCUGUGGUUGCCAAUUUUACCCCUCUAUUUUGUAGCAAUAAUUUUUGGUCAUUGACCAUAGUAUAAUUUACAUUGACAAGUAAAAAUCAUCAAUUUUUUUUUUUUUUUUUGGAAUGCUGGAUUAACUUAGUAAACGCAUUAUUAGACAGUAGGUGGAUCCUCUAAUUUCUUUGAUGUUAAUGCAGCAAGAUAACAGAGUUGGUAAUUUUAUCUUUUUGAACCUGUAUGGAUGUUAGGGAAAUGGUUUGUUUGUUACUAUUUAAAAGAAGAAAAAGAAAUUAGUUAUGUUUCAAUUUAUUAUUUCACAUUGUCUUGCUCUUCAUCUGUAAUUGUUCAUGUGCAUUUAACAAUACAUAAUUAAACUGAUAUGUUGUGGCAUGGGUCAGGGAAAUCAGUUAUGUUUCAAUUUAUUAUUUCACAUUGUCUUGCUCUUCAUCUGUAAUUGUUCAUGUGCAUUUAACAAUACAUAAUUAAACUGAUAUGUUGUGGCAUGGGUCAGGGAAAUCAGUUAUGUUUCAAUUUAUUAUUUCACAUUGUCUUGCUCUUCAUCUGUAAUUGUUCAUGUGCAUUUAACAAUACAUAAUUAAACUGAUAUGUUGUGGCAUGGGUCAGGGAAAUCAGUUAUGUUUCAAUUUAUUAUUUCACAUUGUCUUGCUCUUCAUCUGUAAUUGUUCAUGUGCAUUUAACAAUACAUAAUUAAACUGAUAUGUUGUGGCAUGGGUCAGGGAAAUCAGUUAUGUUUCAAUUUAUUAUUUCACAUUGUCUUGCUCUUCAUCUGUAAUUGUUCAUGUGCAUUUAACAAUACAUAAUUAAACUGAUAUGUUGUGGCAUGGGUCAGGGAAAUCAGUUAUGUUUCAAUUUAUUAUUUCACAUUGUCUUGCUCUUCAUCUGUAAUUGUUCAUGUGCAUUUAACAAUACAUAAUUAAACUGAUAUGUUGUGGCAUGGGUCAGGGAAAUCAGUUAUGUUUCAAUUUAUUAUUUCACAUUGUCUUGCUCUUCAUCUGUAAUUGUUCAUGUGCAUUUAACAAUACAUAAUUAAACUGAUAUGUUGUGGCAUGGGUCAGGGAAAUCAGUUAUGUUUCAAUUUAUUAUUUCACAUUGUCUUGCUCUUCAUCUGUAAUUGUUCAUGUGCAUUUAACAAUACAUAAUUAAACUGAUAUGUUGUGGCAUGGGUCAGGGAAAUCAGUUAUGUUUCAAUUUAUUAUUUCACAUUGUCUUGCUCUUCAUCUGUAAUUGUUCAUGUGCAUUUAACAAUACAUAAUUAAACUGAUAUGUUGUGGCAUGGGUCAGGGAAAUCAGUUAUGUUUCAAUUUAUUAUUUCACAUUGUCUUGCUCUUCAUCUGUAAUUGUUCAUGUGCAUUUAACAAUACAUAAUUAAACUGAUAUGUUGUGGCAUGGGUCAGGGAAAUCAGUUAUGUUUCAAUUUAUUAUUUCACAUUGUCUUGCUCUUCAUCUGUAAUUGUUCAUGUGCAUUUAACAAUACAUAAUUAAACUGAUAUGUUGUGGCAUGGGUCAGGGAAAUCAGUUAUGUUUCAAUUUAUUAUUUCACAUUGUCUUGCUCUUCAUCUGUAAUUGUUCAUGUGCAUUUAACAAUACAUAAUUAAACUGAUAUGUUGUGGCAUGGGUCAGGGAAAUCAGUUAUGUUUCAAUUUAUUAUUUCACAUUGUCUUGCUCUUCAUCUGUAAUUGUUCAUGUGCAUUUAACAAUACAUAAUUAAACUGAUAUGUUGUGGCAUGGGUCAGGGAAAUCAGUUAUGUUUCAAUUUAUUAUUUCACAUUGUCUUGCUCUUCAUCUGUAAUUGUUCAUGUGCAUUUAACAAUACAUAAUUAAACUGAUAUGUUGUGGCAUGGGUCAGGGAAAUCAGACCUAACUGCUACUCCUACACUUAUGCGUGAGACUUGUGCACUGUGUACAGUCUUUCUUUUCAAUUCAACUGAUAUGGUAACUAAAUUUAGAUGACUUUAGAUGCACUCGUUAACUAUAGGGAACC